GUGGUUUAAGUUUUGGUAUCCCCGUUUCCAGCAGGUGUUUCUCCCCACCAAUAGAUUGGAGGCAUAAAAAAUUAAUUAAAAAAAAAGAAUUCAGGUCGGUGUCCACUUUGAGGUCUGAAAGGGCCAACCCUCUUUGACAAUUGCGUCAGGUUUUGUUAGUGCAUGGCAAGCUUAAACUGCCAGUACCUUUCCCAGGCAAAAGCGCCAGCCGUGAGAAUGAUGAGGACACGUAUAGGGGCACAGCUAUCUGGGUUUGAGAUGGAGCUGGUGAGGGAGAUACAGCAUGGAGAUACGCCUUUUGACACAGAUGAUGACGUCUGGCAUGGAGAGGAUGAUCGGCAAGAUGAGGUGGAUGUAGUCAACUACUUUGCAAAUCUUUGCGCAGUCUACAUGGAUGGGGUAAGCAGUGAUGAUGAGCAGAAUCAAGAAGACGCUGCCAGCUGCGAAACUGACGAGCAGGAUGAUGAAGACGUCGUCGGCCACUUUGCAGCCAUCAAUUCAGUAUAUGAGGAGGGUGAAUUUGAAAGUGAGUAUCAGCGCGGCGAGUGCGAAUAUGCCCUCGGUGAUGCAGGCGGGUGCGAAUUGGAGUGGGGGCAGAUGGCAACGGCGAUAGCACCGGGGACGUCAACAGCAAACACAAAAGCAAUUGCAGUAAAGACACCGACAACAAUAAUUCCUGUUCCUGACGAUGACCCUCAGCCUCAGCAGGCCACUGAAGACACGGAAUAUGCUGCCCUUCAUGAAGUGGGCGGGGGGGGGGAUGUAGGGCUGAUGGCUUCGAUGGUAGAGAUGGGAGAGAACAAUGAGUGGGGGGGGGGAAGUAGGGAUGCUCAGAUGGUGGAGAUGGGAGAGAAUGAUGUCAGUGACAGUAACAUUAACAACAACAACAACAACAACAAUAACAACAACAGCAAAGAUGGCGGUGACAACGUCAUGGUUGAGACGGGAGAGAAUGACGACAACUAACGACAGGGACUAUGUUGUCCUUCAUGAGGCGGGUGUGGGGGUGGGGGAGGUAGGGCUGAUGAUUACGGCUGGGAUGGAUGAGAUGGGAGAGAACGACGUCAACAACAACAACAACAACAACAACAACAACAACAACAACGACAACAACAACAACAACAACACCGAUGGUGACAACAACAACAAAGAUAGUGGUAAUAA